GCUCCAGGCGCCUGCUGCCCGCAGCGGUACUACUGCGACCACGUCAGCACCAGGCCGCCUGACCACAAACACGUGCAUGAUUGCCUGGUGAACGGCGAGAGGAUUUCCGAAGGAGAGCGGGUUGUGGCUGCCGAAAGUGAAACCAACUGCACGCAGUGCUUCUGCCUGCGAGCCUCUGUGCGCUGCCAGCCGCUGGCCUGCGCGCCGCCGCUGCUGGGCUGCACGCCGCUGCUCCGGCCCGGCCAGUGCUGUCCGCAUCAGUAUCACUGUGAUCAUAAGUUUGGAUUGGCGACACCCAAUUUCCUUCCGAUAUCAGAAAAUUCUUUGAUAUCAACAAAGUAUGAUGACCGCUCCUUCCAUACAGACAAGAUAGUAGAGCCGGAGUCUACAACCAAAAUUAUGUCGACAAGUUCUAGUACAGCAAAAAAUACACCGUCUGUGCCAGCCACAAAAAAAGAACCACUAACUACAACUAAAGUUAAAAGGAAAACGAAUGAUCCACCACCUACUACUCGUAGUUCUACUAAAAAUCCGGUAAACAAUGCAACUUCAACAACAGUGUUGACAACCAAGCAGUUACCUGUUACAACAACGACUGCAGUGGUUACUUCUACAACUGAAAUAACGUCCACCACCGAAGAUGUAGAAAAAAUAUCAACUACAGAUCAACCCGAUGGGACUGUAAAAAUUGUAAUCAACGGUACCAUAAAUUGUACCGCAGAAUUAUCUUCUACAACAGUGCCCUUAAAUGGCACUAUGAACGACACAGAAAAAAUAAAAGCAGAAGGGCAUAUGAGAACUCCAAUUAACAAAAUGGAUAUUGAAGCCAUGACAGAGUAUCCUAACGACAUAAUUACUGAUAGAAAUGUGAAUGGCGGAUUUGAUGAGAAUGAAAUGUUUACUAUAAAUGUAACUAGCUCAUUACGAACGAACAACAGCCUCUCUACGUCUAGACCUUCUUUAACUACUACAACUAAAGUUGUACCGCCGGUAGAUUUAGGAGAUGCCCUAAACAGUUCUAAAAAGACAAAAGAAGAUUAUGACUAUGAUUACACAGAACCAACUUUACCUCCAUCGUUACCUAAUUUGAAAAUAAUUCCAUUUGUAGCAGCUGAUGCCGUAGUUGAUGACGAUACAUCCAAAGAAACACUGACUUACCCAAUGCUAGAACGAGAAGACAAAUUCCCUGUUUAUUACCCUGCCGUUGACACCAAAGAAAUUCCUUACGCAACAAGAAGGGAAGAUGUGUAUCCACCAACACAAUACCCAGUUUUUGUAUCUGAUAAAGUAGAAUCGCCACAGUAUCCCACCUUAACUGAAGAUGUCGACUUACCGAAUUUACCAUAUCCUGGCAUUGGUAAUGAUUUAAGCAUGCCAGAACAUGAUUAUACUAUAUCUACUUCGAUCGGAGCAAAUGUUCCAGAUAUUAACAAAGCUGUAACUAAAAUCCCAACCACUAGUUCCACUUUUGGUAUUAAAACGCCAUCAGUGAAUUUGUUUUCGCCUCCUGUUGAAACUGAAGGUGGAUUCAUCCCCAAGGGUCCGGGUAUCAUUGACGAAUACUACGCAGUGUAUCCAAGCACCCCAUCUGCACCGUCGGUUCCGCAUUUGACAACUUCUAUGCAGUUGGACAUUACCAAAGGUGAAUGCAUAUCUGGUGACGGGCGGCACGUGCUAGAGGGCGACUCCAUCUCGCUGGCGUGUUCCGUGUGCACGUGCGCGUGGGGCGAGCUGCACUGCGCGCCGCGGGCCUGCCACACGCCGCCCGGCUGCACCAGGCGCCCGGCCACCACCAGCUCGGUCGACUUGUGCUGCGGAGAACUGCUUUGUGAACAAGAUAAGAAGACAAAUACCAGACCUAAUCUUUUGAUCGACAUAAAAAAGAACGAAACUAAAGUUUUUAUUAACAAUCAAACUGCAAUCACUGAAGAUGUUAAGCCGUCCAUUCAAAAUCCCGUAGCUUCUAACGAUACAGUAUUAAAUAAUGGCACCAAAGAUAUUCAAGAAGAUAAAUAUAACAGAACUGCUGCUACGUAUGCAGAUGCUAACAUUGAAACUACCACCGUUAGUACAAACAUUACAAGUACAGAUAAAAUGUACACUUCUCCACCAUUAGCAUCUACAACUAAUACAGCACCAGUAAACAAUGUAAAAAAUGAAAGUGGAAUACAGAAUCAUGACUAUGAUGAUGAGGAAGAAGACGAUGAGGGUUUCUCUUUUGGAAGUGUUCUAAAACUUCUUUUGAGUGAUAAUUACGAAACAACAACCAACGCACCUUACACGAAAAAAUUCACUACCACUGCUAAAGUUCCAGUUACUUAUAGGACCACCACAAUCCCAUCUACAACAACGAGAAGGCUUCCGCCUAAACCUCCACUCGUGCCUUUUAUACCUAUGCCACACCACCAGUACAUACCGCCCAAGAACACAUACAACCAAAAUACGGUCAACAGAAUUGAUCACCUCGUGCUAGGCGAGGCGACUGCUAUCAAGAAGACAACGCCUCGACCAUUGACUACGCCUUUCAAGGCGAUAUCUUCGUUUAGGCCAGUGACGACAAGACAAACGACGACGCAAAAGCCUUAUACGAGUAGUACAACGAGAUACACGGAACCGACGAAAAAGGUAGAAGAAUCCUCGAGCCAUACGCCAGUCAUGCACAAAGGUCCUCGGCCGCCCAGUUCCAGCGCACUACCGUUGCCUGGGAUACUGAAGCUGGCCGGUUGUAACAUCUAUGGGAGGAUGUAUCGAGUGGGAAGGAUUAUCACGGAACUCUCGACUCCAUGCCAGGAGUGUUGGUGUACGGAACUAGGGGUGCAGUGUAACUCUCUAAGCUGUUGAUAUAAGGAUAAUUAUAAUCUCGGUACCGUCCAAUCUGAUGGUACGUGUGUUAGUACUUUAAAGUAUUAAAAGGUACCGAGAGGUUUGGUUGCAUUUAUUGUACAGUAUGUGGUAGUGUGAAUGUUUGAUGAAUGUGAGGAACUAAAAUUAUUUAUUUAGUACACUGUAAUAGCCGGCGGCAUUGAUCUCAUACCAUACAAACUUUCCAUCAUUGUCAUUAACUGUAAAAAUACAAAAAAUGUUGUAAUCGGAAAUAUUACAAUUUGAUUCAUAUAUGAAAUACUUUAAACUCAACUGAAAGAUUACCCAUUUGCCUCAAAAUCUCUAACUUUAAGUAAUUUAAGUAUUUGAUAAGAUCCUAAUUUUAAUAUGAUCGCAAGAAUAGUAUGUAAGAAAGAUAUAAAUUAUUAUGGAAAAGG